ACGACCGUGUGUGUGUGUGUGUGUUUGUGUGUGUGGGAGAGACGUAGCCAUGCCACUGGUGAAGAGGAACAUUAAGCCUCAUCAUAUGUGUCGUGUUCCUGUCCCUGAGAGCAUCGGCUCUGAGCUGGAGUGUGUAACCAACAACACACUGUCUUCCAUCAUCCACCAACUCAGCAGCCUCAGUAAGCAUGCGGAGGACGUGUUCGGGGAGCUGUUCAAUGAAGCCAACACUUUUUACAUGCGAGCGAACUCGCUGCAGGACCGAAUCGACCGCCUCGCUGUCAAAGUCACACAGCUGGACUCCAGUGUGGAGGAAGUGUCUCUGCAGGACGUGAACAUGUGGAAGGCCUUCAGAAGCUCCACCACAGAGGAUCAGCAGGUCAUGUCCCGGAUCAGUAUUCCCAACCCUGUAGCUGAGAUGUACAGCAGCUGUGAGAAACCUCCGGCACUCAGUGUGCUCUCCACCUACAGAGAGGAUCAUGUAGACGGAAUGAAGUUCUACACAGAUCCAUCUUACUUCUUUGACCUCUGGAAGGAAAAAAUGCUUCAGGACACAGAGGAAAAGAGGAAAGAGAGGAGGAGACAGAGAGAACAGAGGAGUGUAGAGGAUGGAACAUUACAGCGAGAGGUCCGGAAAGUGCGUAAGGCGCAGAAUCGUCGUCAGGAGUGGAACAUGAUGGCACUUGAUAAAGAGCUGCGUCCAGAUCACAGAAAUCCUUACAGUGUCCAGCAGGGGGCGCUGUCUGAUAGCUCACUGUCUCCUGAAGCCAGCAGAGCGAACUGUCCAAACAUUCCAGACCAUGCCCACUUUUUGCUCAAUCAUGCCUCAUCCAGUUCCAGUGAAGGGGCGGAGCACGAGUACCAGAGCAUUGGUGGACCAGUGGGCGUGGCUGAUAGUGUUUCCACUGGAUACAGGUUAAAUCCGUCUUCCUCUGUGCACAUGGCCACUGGGGGCGGGGUUAAUGGUGACAUCACCCUUCCACCUGUAGACUAUGGUUUGAUGGAAUAUUAUGCCAGCUCUGGUCCUUCUCACCCUCCUACUAUUCCAGCCCCACCCAUUUCCAAUCCUGGACCGUCCAGUUCUGCUUUAUCCUACCCCCUCCCACCUGUCCCACUUCCUGGGCCACUUCUAACCCCGCCCCCUCCAGGGCCUCCACCUAUACUUCCUGCUUCGUCUCACCUGAUGGGAACAGGGGAGGGGCGGAGCAAGGAGUCUCAGCCAAUCACAGACGGGCGCAAUGAUUUGCUGUCAGCUAUACGGAUGGGUAUCCAACUAAAGAAGGUUCAGGAGCAGCAGGAACAGCGAGUGAUGAGGGAAUGUUCAGAAAACGACGUGGCCUCCAUCCUGUCCAGACGCAUCGCCGUCGAGUACAGCGACUCCGAGGACGAGUCUGAGCUGGACGUCAAUGAGUGGUCCGACUGAGACACACACACACACACACACACACAGUCAAAGCAGUAAUGCAUCAUGUCUUGCCCAGGUUCUCCAGAAUGUGGCGCUCUGCUCUAACCCUCACACUGCCAUCAGUAGAAACUGUGUUCAUCUGCAGACUGCUUCGCUGCACAAAGUAUUGGCACCCCUUUUACUCAUCCAUGGACAAGAACAGUGCGGUGAGCAGAUACGUCUCAGAUGGACUACACUCACACAGCGUGAUGGAUUAUUUAUUCUUAUUAAUUUAUUCUCUUAUGUUCUGUCUUCCUUCCCAACCUGCUACGCAAAAAUAAAAUUUAUAUUUACACCAAAU